AUGCCCGAGGACGCAGCCGGCAUCCUCAUCGCCGCAGCAAUGCCCUCGGACGCCGGCGAGUGCGCGGCCGGGCCGCUGCUGAUGCUUGCGGUGCUGUCGGCCAACUUGAUAGCGGACGGCAACUUGGACGGUGAGGCGGCAACGGCGGAGGCGGCGGCCCCUGCGAUGCUGGCGGAGCGCAUCGCGGGGCACGGGUCUUUGAUGGAUGCCGUGCGCCGUGCGCUGGCCGGCGGCGGCUCGGCGUCCGAGCCGGCCCUGCAGCUGGUCAGCGCCCUGCAGAGCCACAACAUGCGCCGCCGCCCGCGCGAGGCCGUCCUCGCCUUGCUCGGCAACGGGCUGUCCUUGCUGCUCGACGGCGGGGGGGCGCGGCUGGGCGAGCCUUCUCUGGGCAACAGGCUCCUGGUGCUGGCGCGGCUCCUCUUGACGUGCGGCGACGAGCAGCAAGUGGCAGUGGCGGCCAUGGUCGUCGAGCACGGCUUCAUCCCGCUGCUGCUCAGGGCGCUGAGCAACCACGAUUUCAAUGUCAAGUCCAACGCCAUGACAGUGCUGGUCAGGGUCUGCUGCUGCCCCGUCGGCCGCGUGGCCGCCACCGCGCACCCUGCGGCGCUCGCCGCGUUCUCCAACGUGCUGCGUGACGCAAGCGCGUUGGCGGGCGUCGCGGGCGGCACGGACGCGCACGUGCUCCCCAACCUCGCGGGCAACGCGCUGCAGGCAAUCUGGUGCCUCAUAGCGGACAGUAUCGCUGCAGGCGACGCGUUCGCCUCAAUGGCGCUGGCCCCGUCUGGCUCGGGCAUCCUGGAGGCGGUGGCGCUGCUGCUGGCGGCGCCCGAGGACCGCCACAUCCCAUCUGUGCGGGCCGCUGCCGCCAGCGCCCUCAACGCCAUCACUCGCGUCGCGCUCCACGACGGCCGGCUCGCGGCCCUGCAGACGAGGCGGCCCCUCGUGCUCGGGGCCGCCGAGGCGCUGGUUUGGGUUGCGGAGGACUUGCGCUGGGACGGGCGCUCAAAUGACGGGGAGCCGCCGCCAGAUUAUGACAAGGGGCUGGCCUUGGAGGCGGCCGAGGCGCUCCUAGCCGCGCUGGACUGCCUCACGGACGCAACCGCCGACGACGGCGGCGGCGGCGCCGCCGCCGCGCUCGGGACCCUGUGUGAGAGAGGGCCCGAGGCGCUGCGGGCUUUCAGGGACGCGGCGGCGUACGCGGCCGGCACCAUCGUUGCAUCGCGGCCGGGGGCCUGCAAGGAUGCGCAGCCGAUGGAAGAGGAGACUUGA